UGUGGCGGGAUAGUUAUAUUAGAAUCUCUUGGGAAAACUAACCCUCUGGGUUGAUAGUCGUCGUUCGAGCACACGCGAGUCCUUUCUCUUUCAGCGUCUCGUUUUCUGAUAGGAGAUUGGCGACCUGUCUUGUCUCCGCACAAUCUGCUCUCUCUCUCUCUCUCUCUCUCAGCUCUCGGAUUCACAUCUACCACGGCUGCCAUAUCUGCCAAAGCUACCUGGGUUAAAAACUCUCAAGCUGAGUUACCCCGUCACCAUGAUGUUGUCGAAGCAGAGCGGCAUGCGACAGCUUGCCAGGAUUAUCGGCCUCUCAGGCCGCUCCUGCGUCACUUCCGCGCCCGCCGGCGCUUCUCACGCGCCAGCCGUCUCCCGCGCUACUCCUAGCAGCAUCGUCACUCCGAAUCCGACCAAUCACCACGGAGCCGCGUUCUCUCCCUUCAACCUGACUUGCCUGCGCGGGAUUUCCGCCAGCUCCGCGGCCGCGCGCCCGCCCGGCGCGACAGUGCGCGCGUCCAUGGAGAAUGUGGAGACGAUGACCAUGUCGGACGCGGAGAUCCGCGCGCUCGGCGCAAAGAAGCGCCCCCCGGGGGAGUACCCUGGCGGGCCGCUGCACCAGCAGGGCCGACUGAGCGGCUGGUUCAAGCCGGAGCUGAGGCCACUGUACCCGCUGUUCGCCAUGGUGACUCUCGGGCUGGGCCUGGCCGUUUGGACCAUGGCGCGCGAGCUGGGCAAGGACCCCAAGGUGAUGGUCAACAAGACGCGCCGCCAGCAGAUGUUGUUCGAAAUCGACGACCCGCAGACGAUCGUCAAGGAGUCGGACAGGUUCCUCAACGACAAUGCGCUGAGGAAACUGGCCUACAAGGAAAAUGGUUGGGUCGGCUUCGUCAAGCGCACAUUCUACGAGCCACCGCAACUUCCGGGGGACGACACUGCUGUUGUGGGGACUGCGGGUGUCCAGGGCCCUUUCGGGGCGCGUUCCCAGGCGCAGUAAUCCACCAAAAUCGGGACCCAAUCUGUGGUUGGACUUCUGGAGAAGGGUGGAUUUUUUUUUUCUUCUGUAUAUAUAUUCGAAUGAUGGAUGUGGAUGCUUGUGAAUUUCAUGUAGUAGCCAUGAAAUAGGAAUGCUUUGUAUGGAUAAAUAUCGUAAGAAAUA